AUGAGACAAAAAGUAGUUAUCAAACUAUACAUAAAUGGGAAUGAUCAGAAAUCUAGGACCAAAGCCUUCAAGAUAGCUGUUUCUCAACCAGGGGUGAUAUCAGCAGUUAUGCAGGGAGGUGGACUUGAAAAUUACAAAUUAGAAGUGGUGGGAGACUAUAUUGACGCAGUAAUUCUUACCAACUGCCUCAAGAAGAAAUUGGGUCAGGCCCAAUUGGUGAGCGUUGGGCCUGUUGCUGCUGCUACUUUCAGUAAUAACAACAACGAAUGGCCCCACGCUUUUUCUGCGGUGGCUGAUCAUCAGCCACCGCAACUCAAUAUUUACCGUGGCAUACCUCAAUACCAAGUUUACGAAGAUACAGGCCCGAAUCCAGAAUGUUGCUCCAUAAUGUGA